UGCUUUACCAUGGCGUCAGGAAGCAUGGCCCUCGUGGAUUCUGGUCUGGCUGAUUUGGACAAAAUUCUUCAGAGCUUAGAAAUUGAGAAUAAACAACAACAGCAUGAGAUACAAAAGGAACAGCAACAGACAGCAGCCUUUGAAGCAGCCACUAUUGAGAAAGAGAUGGGUACAAAAACACAACAGGAGGAAACAGCCAGGCUGGACGAGGAGACUAAGGCAGCUCAUCAACAGUUUUGUCGCAACAAGGAGACUUAUGAAAGCUUGAAGAAUCAUUAUCUUGCCUUGGUGUUGAACCAAGAAACGGCACAGAAAGAAUUACAUGAGCUGCAAGACAAGUGGCAAGUCCAACAAGCCGAGCAGGAGAGAAUUCUGCAGCACUACGAGUCCAUCUGGGACAAGUACAAGGCCAAAUAUGAGGAGAAAGCGUUGGCUGUGGAGCUGAGGCAGUGGCAACAGCAGGUGGCACAGACGAGGGAGCGACUGACUGAAUCAAAGCACAAAGUCACGUCCCUAGAAGCAGCCAUUCAGGAGAGAGAAGACCAGAAAAAGAAUGCUCCAAAGCCAUUUAAAAGCCUGAACGAUUGGGUCAUCCAGAUAGCCAAGGCUGCAGUACGAACAAGAGAUCUUAGACGACAGAAGGAAGAGACACUGAGGUCAAUCAACAGUGCAAAGAUGAAAAUACAAGAGAGGAAAGAAAAGCAACUCCGACUGCAAAAGGAAAAGGAGGAACAGGAACGCAAGAGGAAGUUGAAAGAGGCCGAAGACAAGACACGCCAGGAAGAACUGGAGAGACAAAAACAACAACAGCUGUACCAGGAACACAAACUGCAGCAGCUGAAGGCACAGCAGCAGCAACGGCAACAGCAAACCUCAGUUCCUACCACACCCCAACAGAUCCUUCCCCCACAGUCCCCGAUAUUUCAGCAGCCCACCAGGAGAGCCCCGCCCCAGUACAUCCAGAGUCCUAUGGUUAGGCCGGCAGCUGCGGUUCCAGCCAGCCCGCUGCGGCGACCGCCUUACUUGCAGAUGCCGAUCCUGGCAUCCCCUCGACUCUCGGCCGAUAGUGCCAGCGGCAGCUCUGAGAAUGUGCCGCAGCCAUUUGCACUCAGAAUGCCAGCGGAGAGUGUGAAUAAAACUCAGAUGCAACCGCAGGCAAUGGUGCAACAGUCCUCAGAUGCGCCUGUACCCAAGGAAGCACCAGCCCUACCCUCAGUCUCCGCCCAUGAGAGGGCGGAAGCAGCCAAUCAGAGAGCAGUCCCACGGCAGGACGAGCCAAUCACAGAGGGCCGAUUUGAAGUCAGUGGGGAGGAGGAAAGUGGAGGAACUGAUGAUGCAGACGAAUCUCUGAGUGAAGCCCCAGUGACGCCGGCUACAGACCCGACCAGCUUCCAGGACCCAGGCACGCCUGGAUCAGUCAUGUCUCUGCCCCCGAGAAGCCCCUUUGAUCUGGACACUCAUCUGCAGGGCCUGCAGGAGAUGGCCAAGUCGCCUGGAUUCUCUUACUCAUUCAGGCCCAUGUUUGGUUCCGCCGAGGAUGCAAAUGCACAUGGUGAAGUGGCGGACAAGUCUUGUAGUAACCCUCCAACCUCCUCCUCCGAAAACUUUGACUCUCCUUUCUUCGAGUCUUUCUUCUCUGGGAUGGGUGGAGCCAUUCAGCCAGCCUCCAACACCCCCACCAAUAUCUUUGGUCCAAGCAGAGACCAAGUGUCGUCACAUCCUACUGGUGCAUCCAUCUUUGGAAGGCCUGGCAGCCCUAUGGAUACUGGCCACUCCAGGCCUCCAGGGGGCGUCCUGUCACUAUUCGGCGGAGGUUCAGAAAAAGCCGACAAGGCCAGAAAUGACGAGAGAGGAUCCCCGGCCGCUGGCUUCAGUUUCAAUUUCGGUGGGUCCAGAUCCCCUAACGUCGACAGUUCCGGAGAGGGUAAAUUCAGCCUUUUCUAAACAUGAUUUUACAAAAAUCCCCCAAAAGUAUUUAUUGAAAGUGUUCAAGUGUUCAUUUCAAGAGUUGGUGUUCUGAAAAGUUGAGUUUCUGUGUUGUACAGUGCACACGCAUUGCUUUAAGAUUCUCAGAUUUGCUGAAAAGAUUGCUCCGUUUGUAUUGACAAAGCAGUUUGAGUGCCCUUUUUGAAAAAUCCAAUCUUUCCCUCGCGAAGCAUUUUAGACACUUGAAAUUCUUGUGAGUUGUGAACAACUUCAUUUUGUUUGACAUAAAAGUAUGACAGGUACAUCAUAGUAUGUGCAUAUUAAUUACACUGAUUUUAUUUAAAUCUGUUUAUAUUUCCAAUCAAAAAAAGGUAUGUUUUGAUAAACAUGCUAUUUCAAUAUGUACAUUUUUCAUUUGGCUGGGAGUAUUUCAUUGAUGUGUAAUACACAAAUCAAAGUGCGGAAAUAAGUUAAACUAAUUACAGUCUUUAUUUAAUAUUCAGUUUGGCGUGGUUCAAACCACUAAGCAUAACUGCUUCACAAUAUUAUACUUAGCAAGUUCAUGUGCUACGAAACAUGACAACCAGUCACAAAGCAAUAAACAUCACAUGUAGUGCUGUACAGAGCAAAAGGUCUGUUGUCAGCAUGUCCAUAACAGGAUUUCAAUCAAUUGUUGGCCGCAGGUUUCAAUUAUUUGUUGACCUUCACAUUAACACAAUUGGCAAUUUUUUAAAAGUUAUUUCUCGGGGAAAAUACAUGUUGCAGCUAUAUGCUACUGUAUGUCUAUAAGUAAAUGUGAAUGAUGACAAACUCAGUCUAAUAUAAAAAGAAAAUUCAUUGUUCCAGUAUUUUGCAAUGUUCUUUAAAUUAAACCCGAUUCUUGAAUGUUAUGCAACAAUUUCACAAUCAGAUAAUUGUUGCUGUAUGGCUUUCCAUAUUCAGUUUUAAUUUCAGGCGGAUUUGGAGAUCAUCAAGGAAUUUCUUCACGAUGUAGUAAAUUAACAUGCAUUACCAUGACUGUACAGCUUGGAAAAGUUAGGCCGAGCAACAGUUUAUAUAUUGAAAAAUAAAAGGUAAUACUUGAAAUGUGCAGCUACA